AUGUCUGAUAGGGGCCACAAGUUCCCCACAAGAGAAAUAGGUGAAGCAUCUCCUCCGGACCGAAUUUCGGGAGCUGUAAUUUGUGAAAGCAUGGGAGCUAAUCCCGAGCUUGCAGCGCUAUUUCCUGAGAAGAAGCGAUCCAGAAAUCCCUUCGUUCCAAUUGGUGCAUUGAUAACAGCCGGGGUGCUGACAGCCGGAUUAAUUAGCUUCAAGAAAGGGAACUCCCAGUUGGGACAGAGCUUGAUGAGGGCUCGUGUGGUGGCUCAGGGUGCAACCGUUGCACUCAUGGUUGGAACCGCAGCCUAUUAUGGUGACACAUUUUGAUGGUCUCUCACCAUUACUUUGUCUCCUUUUAUUUCUUUUAAAAAAAGACAGAUAAAUAAUUGUUCUUUUGGUGAAAUGUGGAUGAUAUCAAUUUGUUUUACAUCUGGAUUAUAUUCAUCAACAGCGGCGUAAAUGACACUUUUGUUUUUCAUGUUUAAUGGAUUAAAAGAACAUUGUUUGGCA